AUGAGUCCCUCGUGGCCAUUCGCUCGACGCUUGCAUCAGCUGAGCCGUGUCUUGAGUCUAAAUGACAAGGCUAGCUCAAACAGUGACAAUCCGACGAAGCGGUCAACGAAUGCUUCAGCUGUCCGCAGCCCUCGCCAGGACCUGUCGCCUGCGACUCAAGAGCCAAGAGCGCAAUCUCCUCCCCCGGCAUAUAUAACGGUCGUCACGGACACAUCAGUGCCAUCUCUAGGUGUAUCUCCACGCCAUGACUGUUAUCAGACAGGCAUUCAUCCAGCCAUCUCGCGUGCACAAGCUAGCACAAAAGAAGACGAAUAUGCCUUCUUGUCUACGUUUGACACUGUCUUUCUCAUCGACGACUCAAGCAGUAUGACUGGCAGGUCAUGGCGCGAGACACAACAAGCUUUGACCGCAAUCUUGCCCGUCAUCUUCUCUCACGAUAAAGAUGGACUCGACUUUUACUUUAUGAACCAUAAAACCACGGACUCUGGCAACCCUAACGAGCCUUGGAAAGCGAAUACAGGUUACCGAAACGUCAAACGUGCUGAAGGUUCCAGUUUUCGUGGCGAGCAAAUGACUGUUGAAGAGAUAUUCGACAAGGUUCGUCCUUACGGGGCAACGCCGACAGGUCAGCGACUGCAACACAUCCUUCGACAAUAUACGAAGACGUACGAGGCUAUGGUAAACAACACCAAAGACGAAACAUGCCUCAAACCCCUCAGUAUCAUCGUUAUUACCGACGGCGUUCCUAGCGAUGAGGUUGGCGGUGUCAUUCAACAAGUUGCCACAAAACUUGACAAACUAGAUGCUCCGUCCUACCAGAUUGGUAUUCAAUUCUUUCAAGUCGGAAAUGAGCCAGGGGCUGCAGAGGCCUUGCGAAUACUGGACGAUAAGCUAACCCAGGACAAGAACUGCGGGAAUAGCAAUCAAGGUAGAGGAGGCGAAGUUCCAAUACGAGACAUAGUCGACACCGCUACAUUUGACGAUGAUAGUAGCAAUCCAUUUCUUACGGGCGAGCGUAUCCUGAAGAUUGUGCUUGGUUCUGUCGUCAGACGGUUAGAUGAUAUUGACAGUAACCUACGGGGGACACCUAAUCGGUCUGCUUUCUGA